AUUUCUAGUGCCUUCGUCACGAAUAUCUGCAAACUCACUCCACCUCGACCUCGCCCGCCAGCACCAGCAUCCUUUUCGUCAGCUGGCGCAGCACACCUCCAUUAUCCAUCAACCUUCGGAUCAAAGACGACUCUCCAGGCUCGGAGCCUUCAACAUAUUUAUACGUCCUCAUUGGCCCGUGAAACGCCAUGCUGUCAAGGGCAGCUCGCAUCGCGCGUCUGCAGCCGACUGCGGCGCAGCUCUACCGCUCUAUCGCAACACCAGCUACGAGGAGACAGCAAUUCCUAGCUUCAUCAUGGACCAGGGGUUUCGCCCAGGACAACAAGCCGAAAGACUCUUCUUCAGAUAAGCCGAUUGACCAGCAAAAGUCUUCCGAGUCAACGCCAGAGGAAACCUCAGCGUCGUCAAGUCCCGACUACAAAGCAGCUUACGAGGAGGCUGCCGAAGCUUCAUCCAAGACAUCGUCAACGCAAACUCCCAAAUCCGACGCCGAGAAUGCCGCCGAUAACACCGAAGCCCCUGAGCCCGCCGCACCUACCGGACCGCUGCCCGAUCUCACCCAAGGAAUCCCGUCUACCCUAGCAUACGAGAUGUCUGGUGCGACAAACAAGGCCGCGCUGGCUGCCCUCGCUGAGGAGGAGGCUGUGGCCCAGGGUGGCGGUCGCGGACGUGGAGAGCUUCCCGACUCGGCAUACGUCUCAUCCACGGACAGGAAAAGACAGCAGUUUGCCAGUCGCCUGUUCCUCGCAUUCGUCGGCUUCGGCGCUGCAGGUGCCGUCUAUCUCGGCCGCAACUGGGAAGACAAGGCAGACGAAGUUCGGCACGCCGAGGAUGCUCCGAACGGCUGGGGGUUCGCCGCUUGGUGGAACAGAGUCACUGCCCGCACUAGCGAUUUCCUGAACUACUACCAGGAGCCUGCUUUUGAGAAGCUGCUGCCCGAUCCCGAUCCGUCCUUUGAGCGUCCCUACACCCUGUGUAUUAGCUUGGAAGAUAUGCUUGUUCACAGCGAGUGGACCCGCGAGCACGGUUGGAGAGUAGCCAAGCGCCCCGGCGUCGACUACUUUCUGCGUUACCUGAGCCAGUACUAUGAGUUGGUUCUCUUCACCAGCGUUCCUUUCGCCAUUGGCGAGCCGCUUGUUCGCAAACUUGACCCUUACCGCUUCAUCAUGUGGCCCCUUUACCGCGAGGCGACCAAGUACAAGGAUGGUGAAGUUGUCAAGGAUCUGUCCUACCUCAACCGCGACCUGUCCAAGGUGAUCAUUAUCGACAGCAGUGACAAGCACGUCCAGAACCAGCCGGAAAACGCCAUUGUUCUUCCCAAGUGGAAGGGCGAGUCAAAGGACAAGGAGCUUGUCAGCCUGAUUCCCUUCCUCGAGUACAUCCACACGAUGCAAUACGGCGAUGUUCGCAAGGUUCUCAAGUCCUUCGAGGGCAAGCACAUUCCUACCGAGUUCGCUCGCCGCGAGGCCAUUGCACGUGCCGAGUUCAACAAGCAGGUGGAGGCCAAGAAGAAGAAGGCGCCUUCGGGCAUGGGCUUGCUGGGUGGCAUGCUCGGCCUCAAGCCCUCCAACAUGGCCUUGAUGGUUUCCCCGGAUGGAGAACAGAACCCCCACGAGGCUCUCGCCCAGGGCAAGAUGCUCCAGGAUAUUGCCCGUGAGCGCGGCCAGCGCAACUACGAGAUGCUCGAGAAGGAGAUUCGCGAAAACGGUGAAAAGUGGCUCAAGGAGGAGGCUGCUAUGCAGGAGAAGGCCCAGCAAGAAGCCAUGCAGAGCAUGAUGGGCUCCUUCAGUGGAUGGUUCGUCAAGGGUGACGAGGCCAACAAGAAGCAGUAAAGAGGGGGCUGCCACGCAAAACCAAACAAACCCCGGCUAAUCAGCACAUCUUGUGCAUUCCACCACGGCCCAUUUCUUCUCUCCUCUUACCAAAACUAUCUGUAUUUGUAUUAUCAGGCAAGCUUGGACGGCGAGGAGGCGUCCCAACUUGCAUAUAGACUCGACGACGUGGGUCUGCAUAUGUACGAAUCUCUGUAUACUACUACACUGCUAGACCAACUCUAUGAUGGAGUGGCUCAAUCAAUUUGACGUACCAUUGUGCGGUAUCAAAUUAUGCUGCAAUCAAGUCACGCGGUGAAAUCGAUUAGAACCUAGAGUUCACCCAUUCAAGUUCC